UUAAGAGUCGUCGGCGCGGCUGUGGAAAGCCGAGUGGAGCCAGGACUUGCCAGGUGGAUCAGACGCCAAAGCCAGCGUAGCCACGGAGCGCACCCGCACCGCUCUGGGCACCUCACCGCACUGCUUGCCUCCGGGUAGAUCUGAACCGCAAUCCCACGCGCCUCCAGGACCCACUCGCCACUGCCGCCUCCACAGCACCCAUGGGGACCUGGAGACUUUAAAAGGAGUUUGGGGUUUCGGGAGCAGGGAAAUCACGGAUCUUAGUUCCUGGCCCUGGCCUCGCCGCGUCAUUGAUGGGCAACCAACUGGACCGCAUCACCCACCUCAACUACAGCGAGUUGCCCACUGGGGACCCAUCUGGGAUUGAGAAGGACGAGCUACGGGUCGGGGUUGCCUACUUUUUCUCGGAUGAGGAGGAGGACCUGGACGAACGCGGGCAGCCGGACAAGUUUGGUGUGAAGGGCCCCCCAGGUUGCAGCCCCUGCCCAGAGAGCCCCAGCCGCCACCACCACCACCUGCUGCACCAACUCGUCCUCAACGAGACUCAGUUUUCAGCCUUCCGGGGCCAGGAAUGCAUCUUUUCCAAAGUAACCGGCGGCCCUCAGGGCGCCGACUUGAGUGUCUACGCGGUCACCGCACUGCCCGCCAUCUGCGAGCCCGGCGACCUGCUGGAGCUGCUGUGGUUACAGCCCGCGUCCGAGCAGCCAGCUCCAGCCCCACACUGGGCCGUCUACGUGGGCGGCGGGCAGAUCAUCCACCUGCACCAAGGCGAGAUCCGCCAGGACAGCCUGUACCAGGCGGGCGCGGCCAACGUGGGCCGGGUAGUGAAUAGCUGGUACCGCUACCGCCCGCUGGUGGCCGAGCUGGUGGUGCAGAACGCCUGCGGCCACCUGGGCCUCAAGAGCGAGGAGAUCUGCUGGACGAACUCCGAGAGCUUCGCUGCCUGGUGCCGCUUUGGAAAGCGCGAGUUCAAGGCUGGCGGGGAGGUCCCGGCAGGCACGCCACCUCCGCAGCAGCAGUAUUAUCUCAAGGUGCAUCUGGAGGAGAACAAAGUCCACACGGCCCGCUUCCACAGCCUGGAGGACCUCAUCCGCGAGAAGCGCCGCAUAGACGCCAGUGGCCGUCUGCGAGUGCUGCAGGAGCUUGAGGACUUUGUGGACGACAAGGAGUAGCCCAGAGCAGCAGCCUUCCGCGCUUUUUCUCACGUCCGGAGCUCCUUUCCUGUCCCCGCAGCUCUGCACCCCACGCCCCCUAGCUUGCCAGUCCAGGGCCAGCCGCUGGAAGCUUCAGGAACUCACAACGGCACUGGGCGGGCACAGCUAUGCUCCCCUAAGACAGCCCUUGCUGUUGGUGACCAUGCCGGGGUGACCCAGCCUGCGCCUUUCCCCUGGGUUGUGACGGGGAAACGGGGAAAGGACAAAGGGGAGCAAGGACACGACCCUUCCCGGGAGCCAAUGGUCAGUGAUCUUUCACCAGACAGGGCAAAUACCCUUUAGUCACAGGGGACCGUCACCCCCCAGAUGCGCACACACAGACCAGUUGGAGGUGAGAAUUGUUCUUUUGGGGGCUCAAUUGAACUCCCGAGGGGAUGUGUCCCCGGAUCUCAGAAACCGAGCCUGUCCUGUGUACUCGGGAGCAUUUCUGAGACUCCAGGUUACCCUGAGGCUGCCAGGAACUGUUUUGCAGCUCUCCAGCCCAAGGUCUCCUGACAAUGCAUUCCAGACUCUGGACUGAGCUAGAUUGGUUUGGCUUCCCUGUUUGCACAGCUGGAAGCAGACGCCAGCUCCCGGACUGACCAACCCUUGACUGAAGGGAAGCCUUCUAGGUCCCUCUUAGAGGGAGGAGGGCCUGCCCGCUCCGGAAAAGGAGCUAAUUCACCUGGUGUGUGGUCUCUUGAAUGUAAAAAGGAGGAGGCUUUUUUGCUCGGAACCCCUUGAUUGCUUCCCUCCUUGCUCCGAGUUUCAGAGAAUCUGGUUUUCCAAGGGACUGGAGGAGAAGGCAGGGAGAAUCUACAACAUUCCAGAAACCAGCAUUAGGACAGCCUAGCCAGUGUCUUUAGUUUGGCUUUUUCUAACUAGAAGAUCUUAGAAGGCAGGGGGGAGGUGGAGGUUGUUUUUAAAACUGGAACAGCAGUUUUCCAACGUUGUCAACAAAGCCUACAGUGUCGAUGCUUCUCUUGAUCAUAUUUAGCAACCUGCUAAUGAAAUUUCAAAUUGAAAUUUUUAUUUUCAUGGCUUUAAUCCAUGAUAGCUUAAAUACUGGGGGCCAUUAGGAGUGGAAUUAAGCUAAGAGUUUAGCUGACAUUGCCUUCACUCUGGUUUUUCUCAACUCUUAUGAGAAUUCUGUUUGGGGAUAUUAUAUUUACUUUUUUUCCCCCUGACUUUUUGGAGUUGCCCUGUGAUGGUGGAGCUGUUCAUUCGUGUGUAUAUUGUACUGAAUUUUUGUCAGUUCAAGGGUCUGCUGCUUUGGUGAUUGCUAGCAAGUUCCAUGAGGGUUCUUUUCUUCAUGUUGUAUAUCAUCAUCAUCAUCAUCAUGAACUUCCUCAUUUCAUCUUUGCACCUCACCUCUUGGUCCCCUUCAAAAGGAAUCAAGAGUUGGUGAGCUUUGGGACCGCCCCUGUAGCCUGUCCUGCUGUUUAUUCCUGAGAAGAGGGAGGCGCUCUUAGAACCAGGACAGAAUGUGUGUCGUUCCAAACACAGUUAUGUGAAGCUCCUUCCUUUGGGCAAGUGUUGUGGAUUUUUCUCCAAGGUCGACAGCCUAACUGGUCGUUACUUGAUUCCAUGUGCUAGACACACCUGAGAACAUAUACAGUCUCCUGAGAGAGUUUGUCAAAUCACGGUGUUUAGCUAAUGGUUGUGAGCAAUUGCAUAGUAGUGACAGAUGUGUCUCAAUUGAACAGCAAAUACUACGUCCAAAGCCAGUUCCUUGGCGUUUGAAAACAAUGCAAUAAAAACUAGUGGAAGUUAGCAGACAGGGAAAUGCCUUUCCCAUGCUAAAGGGUUUGUUUCUGUUUUGUGGGGAUUUUUUUUUUUUUGUUGCUUUCUUUUGUUUCGUUUUGUUUUCAUGUGGGAUUCAUCCUCUGAUCUUGAGUCCAAAAGGUCAAAUCAAUGAAAUAUGAACUAAAGUAUUUUUCUGAAGCCAACGGAGUGAUUUAUUUUUUAAAACUGUGUAUGCUUUUCCUUUCAGCACAUCCAACAGCAAAACUUCGUAACAACUAAACUUAACCUUUGCAUGUAUGGAGAACUGAAAGUCAUUUCUUUCUCUAACUUAGUCUUUUGGCAAAUGACAGAUCGGUGUCCAUAAACCGAAAUUCUUUAUUGUGUCUCCACACGCCAUAUCCUUUCCUGUGUCCUCCUACUGUAUCUUGGCUCCUGCUGAAUUAAACACCAUCCUAAGCA